GUGAACAAUCAUCAUUAACUUCCACUGAACAGUUUGUUGUUGGUGUAUCACUGUAACAUAAUAGAUAGAUAAUGAGAUAGAUAAAAUAACUGUAAACAAAGAGGAUGACAUGUUUGUUCUGACCAAAUACUCUAUCAAAAUCAUUGUCCAUAAAAUAUUUAAAUCCUGUUUAAUACUAACUUUACUCACAUAAAUACAUCUCUUACAUUUACUGCUUCUACUACUACUAUUGACAUCCUUCACAGAGGAUGUGUAAAGUACUGAUGCAGACAGUUUGACAGCUCGUUUGGCAGAUUCCAGGUAUUGCACACACACACACUCACAAGCAGACACACGCAAGCUCACGAAAACACACACCCUCUUGUCGGACAUAUAGUGAGGAUGUGGUCCAGUCCUUUGAACAACAACAGAGAGACAGAGUCCUGUGUCUCCAGAACAGAGCUGUUCUCCACAUCAGUCUCUGCUUCAGACACAGAAGCUUCACAGUAACAAAUAAACCAAUGGACUUAUUCAACUCAGGUCUUGGUAAAAACAUCACCUUUGCUCGACCUGCAUAUUUUAUCAUCAGUGGAUUUAUUGGAAUACCUAAUGUCAUAUAUUACUAUGUCUUUCUGUGUAUUGUGUAUAUUGUGUCAGUGUUGGGAAAUACAGUUGUGAUGACUGUGAUCUACUUGGAUCGUAGUCUAAGAACUCCUAAAUAUAUUGCAGUUUUUAACCUGGCCUUUGUAGACCUGUUUGGCAGCACUGUUCUGGUACCAAAGGUUCUGGACCUGUUUCUGUUUAACCAUCGUCUCAUCUCCUACAACGACUGUCUGACGUUUCUCUUCUUCUGUUACUUAUAUCUGUCGUUGGAGGUCUUUAAUCUGAUGACUCUGUCCUACGACAGAUUGAUUGCUAUCACUUUUCCACUGCACUAUCCAGUGAUGGUGACUAACAGGUUCAUGUUUUCACUGAUCACUUCUUUUUGGCUCUUUGUCAUCACUGUUAAUCUAACAGCAGUCGGCCUCUUAACCAGACUGUCCUUCUGUAACUCUAACACUGUACUUGUCAACAGUUACUUCUGUGACCAUGGAGUGAUUUAUCGUGAGGCCUGUAACGACCAAACACCUUCAUGGGCCUUUGCUAAGUUGGCAGCAGCUUUGUUUCUCUGGAUCCCUUUGUGUUUUAUCUUAGCUACUUACCUGUGUAUUGGCUAUGCUUUGAGUAAAGUAGCUUCAGCUAAAGAAAGAGUGAAGGCCUUGAAGACGUGCACAGCUCAUCUGUCUUUGGUGGCCAUCUAUUUUGUCCCAGUGUUAAUCACGUUUACAGCAUUGGGGAGUAUCACUGUAAACUCCAGGAUCAUUAACAUGUCUCUGGCCUCUGUUGUUCCUCCCAUGUUGAACCCAAUCGUUUAUGUUCUUCAGACUCGAGAGAUAAAAAAGUCAGUGAAAUCACUGUUGAAGUUAAGGAAACAACCCUUGGUCAUGGCAAGGAGAGUAUUUUCCAGCUGA